AUGCGGCAUACUAUUACUAUUACGCAUCUUGUCGAUGUUAUGGUGUUCUGUUUCAUGUUAUCACAAACCACCACUGCUACUAAUGCCAACAAGUCAUUAGAGGCAAAAGCUUUGGUUGCUUGCAGGAAGUGUCACUGGUAUAUACUUAGUUGGUCAUUACCUUGGGAUGGAACUGGUCUUGGAAGCCUCAACCUCUCUUCAUUUCCAAACCUUGUUAGCCUUCAUAUUACUUACUGUGAUGUUGAAGGAAGCAUCCCAGAGCAGAUUGGUUUGCUCUCAAAUCUCACCCAACUUUCUCUUUAUCACAAUCGACUCACAGGUAACUUACCUGUUUCUCUCACCAAUCUCACCCGUUUAGACUACCUUGAUCUUGGUGGUAACAAUUUUAGUGGUAACAUACCUGAUUCUUUCACCAAUCUCAUUCGUUUGAAAACCCUUUUUCUUGAUAGUAACAGUUUCAGUGGUGAGUUCCCUGCUUUGCUCACCAAUCUCAUCCAUUUGGAAUCCCUUUCUCUUUCUAGAAAUAAUUUCAGUGGUGAGUUACCUGUUUCCCUUGCCAAUCUCACCCGUUUAGAACUCCUUGAUCUUUCUAGAAAUAAUUUCAGUGGUGAGUUACCUGUUUCCCUCACCAAUCUCACCCAUUUAAAAAGACUCAGUCUUUUCGAUAACAAUUUCAGUGGUAACUUGCCUGUUUCCCUUGCCAAUCUCACACAUUUAGAAGUCCUUUUUCUUGAUGAUAACAAUUUCAGUGGUGAGUUACCUGUUUCCCUUGCCAAUCUCACCCAUUUAGAACUCCUUUCUCUCAGUAAUAACAAACUUACUGGUCCAAUCCCACCAUCUUAUGGUUCCAUGCUCAAUCUCAUAGCCCUAGACUUGAGCACAAAUCAACUCAAUGGAUCCAUCCCUAACCAAAUUACUCAUUUGCAACACCUACGUUCAUUGAAUCUGGGUGACAACAAUUUUGAUGGUCCAAUUCCCUCAAAUUCUAGUAACCUAGGCCAACUGAAAUUUUUAAACCUUGGCAUGAAUUCCAUAAAUGGUCCCAUACCUCUAGAAUUAGCAUAUUUGAAGAACUUAGAAUAUGUGGACCUUAAUAAUAAUACUCUUGUGGGUUCGGUUCAUGGAAAUCUGUCAAGACUUUCUUACCUUGAUAUUUCAUCAAACCAGUUGUCUGGUAAUUUGUCUUUUCAAAAUCCAUGUAAUCUACAACAUCUAGACCUCUCUAUGAAUCACAUGACUGGACCUCUCACAAGUCUUCUAGUUUGCAAUCACUUAGAAUACUUAGACCUCAGAAGUAACAAUUUUGUAGGAGAAAAAGUUAAUAAUUUGGAGUUUCCGUAUUUGAAGUUCUUAAAUCAGUCUCUAAAUAAGAAUCUGACUGCAAUCAGCCACAGUCCUUCUUCAAUCCAGAAUAGAGAACCUGACUUGUCGUGCAAUGCUUUAAGUGAGCAAUCAACCUGCAAAGCACAUAUGCGAAGACAAAAAGUGGUCCACCAUUUGACCAUUUUUCUUCCCAUCAUUGUGGGACUUUGCUUUUUGCUUCUUGUUUACAGGUGUUACAAAAAUCACAAUUCCACAGCUAAGAAAAUCCAACCGGAAACAAUAAAACAUGGAAAUGUGUGCUCAAUAUUGAAUUAUGAUGGAACAAUUGCAUAUGAAGACUUCAUCACUGCUACAGACGAUUUUGACCUCAAAUACUGCAUUGGAACUGGUGGCUACGGCAGUGUUUAUGAAGCCAAACUGCCUAGCGGUCAAACGUUUGCUUUGAAAAAACUCCACGGUUUUGAAGCCAAGCAACCAGCAUUCGACCAGAGUUUCAAGAAUGAAGUCCAAGUGUUGACCAACCUAAGGCACAAAAACAUUGUCAGACUCUAUGGUUUUUGUUUGCAUAACAAAUGCAAUUUCCUUGUAUAUGAAUACAUGGAAAAGGGGAGCCUGUUUUGCGCCUUGAGUGACAGUGAAUUAGCUGUUCAAGUGGAUUGGAUCAAGAGAGUGAACAUUAUCAAAGAUAUGGCUCAUGCUUUGGCAUACAUGCAUCAUGAUUGUAGCCCUCCUAUUGUUCAUAGAGACAUAUCAAGCAACAACAUUCUCUUGAACUCGGAACUGGAAGGAUUUGUUGCUGACUUUGGAGCAGCCAGAUUGCUCGACCCAGAUUCCUCCAACCAGACGGUAAUUGCGGGAACUUUGGGAUACAUUGCUCCAGAGCUUGCGUAUAACAUGAUCGUGACUGAAAAAUGUGACGUGUAUAGCUUUGGGGUGGUGGCGCUUGAAACAAUUGGAGGGAAGCAUCCUGGAGACCUCCUCUCAUCCCUGAACUAUUCGACUAAUCGUGGUACAACUUUGGAAAAUAUAUUAGACAAGCGACUCGCUUAUCCAACCGAUAGAUGGAUUGAAAAGGAAAUUGUGCGUGUUUGUAAUGUCGCAGUAGGGUGCAUUCUCAUAGAUCCAAAGUGUCGGCCAACAAUGAGAGAGGUGUCUCAGGAACUAUCAUGUUGAAGACAUCAAUUGGGCUAUCCCCAAGUUUUUUUUUUCAUACAGAGAAUUACUCUUACUUAUACUUGUGUCACCAUGAAAUGAAAUAAAGCUGUAAACUUGAAACAUUCAGAAUUUUGUUAAUUUAAUUGUAUGAAUGAAGUUCCUGUUG